GGUGAAGCUAUGAAGCUAAGUAGCUAGCUGUCAGUCGAGUGAAUGCUAAAGUUAGUAAGUUGAAUAACAAAAUCACACAAAAGUACACGGAUAGCCUAAGCUGAAACUCUCGUACUUAAUUAGUUAUGGCAGUGGUUGUGUUUGGACGUGUUGUUGAUGUCGUUGUGAAAUGAAUUGGACUUCUUUUAGCUUUAGCCUGGUAGUAGCUGUACUGUACUGGGUGUUAUACUGUACCAGCCCUGCAGGUCGAGGGAGCCUGCUUGGAUUCCUCAAAUAAAGUUGUUGAAGGAGCACUUUGCAGUUUUAAGGAUGUUCCUGGUGGGGCUGACAGGGGGCAUAGCCUCUGGGAAGAGUACUGUGUCUUCAAUGCUGCGUGAGCUGGGCUGUCCUAUUAUAGAUGCAGACGUUGUAGCCAGAAAAGUUGUGGAACCAAAUACCCCUGCCUACCACCGUAUAGUCUACCAUUUUGGCUCAGAAGUGCUACUGGAAAAUGGAGAGAUUGACAGGCAGAAGCUGGGUCAAGUCAUUUUCAGUAAUGCAGAGAAGAGGAAGCUGCUGAACUCCAUCACGCACCCAGAGAUCCAUAAAGCCAUGCUUAAACAGAUACUGUUCUACUUCCUCCGAGGCUACCGCUAUGUGGUGCUGGAUGUGCCCCUUCUCUUUGAGACACGGCGCCUCACUCAGUUUCUUAACCACACUGUCGUAGUUUACUGUGACCCUGCCACUCAGCUGCUGCGCCUGAUGCAGCGGGACGGUCUGACCCAGGAGCAGGCGGAGCAGCGUGUGGCCGCUCAGAUGCCCCUCAACGAGAAGCGCGGCCUUGCCAACCACGUCAUCGAGAACUCAGGCAGCCGCGAGGACACCCAUCGUCAGGUCCUCAAGCUCCACACCAAACUGGAGGACUCCAUGGACUUUCUCUUAGUGAGGGUCAUCGCCAUCGCUGCUUCUGCCAGUCUGGGUGGGAUACUGCUGUAUGCGGCCAAGAUGUUAUUGUCCUAACAGUUAAUAGGGAAACAAAUAGGAAAUAAGUGAUCAGGGCUAUAAGGGGAAGCAAGGGUUAAGGCACUGACUACAUUUUACUGUGAGAUUAGUGUCAAACGCACCGCUGGUAAUACGGAUUUACCUACAUUAUUAGCAUAACUUGCACUGACAUAUAUGGUUUAGCGUGAAGGGGUUUACGUGCAAUUUUGACAAACUGAAGUAGUACCUAACUUUUUCAGAUUAUGUUCACCCAUCACCUCCAGUUACUUUUUUUUAGACAAAUUGCCUUUUUAUAUGCACCAGUAGUGCAUACAGUUACAAGCCACUCACCUUUGUUAUAUCAUUAAAACCUUUUCAAUUAGCUUGUAUAGAUGUACAUAAAAAGCACCAAUUAUUAGAAAAUACUGUAUUUUAUUUUCAUUUUUAGUAGUCUAGAAGUCACUUUGGCACCUGUAAGUUUCUGCUCCAAUUUUAAUUAUUAAGAUAACCUCCAAAAUCACCAAAUGCCAGAGCAGUCCCCACUCAUAAACAUGCUAAAUUGGAUGAAAUAGCAGCUUGUAGUGAGAGGAAUCUUAAUUGCUGCAAAAAGCAAUAGUUUAAUUUUUGGUGAAAUGUCAAGAUUGUGUUAAUGACGCUAAUGAAGACGAAUGUAUUAGACAAUCUGUUUUAUAAUGGUUAAAGUAUGGAUUUCCCUGGGGAUUUUAUGAUGUGAUUUUGGACAAAGCUAUGUUCUCAAUGUAUUCUCUAACUUGGGGAGUGGUACUACAAUUUUAUUUUCUUGCACACUCACUUGUAAGUUUUAAAACAAGCUGCUGAUUGUAAGAUAAAUCAAACUCUAAAUAUA